AUGAGCAACAGAUGUGAAAUACCUACACCAGAGGUAGCCCUUGCUCAUUCACACUUGAAACGUGUGGCACAGUUCAUCCCGAAGUUAGAUCCUGAUGCUCAGAUCUUACUAUUGUUGGGAAGAGACAUGAUCCGUGUACACAAAGCAAGACAACAAAUCAAUGGGCCUCACAAUGCACCCUUUGCUCAGCGAUUAGAUUUAGGCUGGGUGAUUGUAGGUGAUGUCUGCAUUGACAAAGCUCAUAAGCCGAUGGUGAGUGUCUAUAAAACUAACAUCCUAGAGAAUGGUCGCCCAUCUCUUCUCACUCCAUGCCAAAGUCACAUCAAAGUGAAAGAGAAAUUGAGCCAUGGCGGGGAGCAUAAGUCUGUUGUUUUUCCCCAUUCGUUCAAUCACGCCACUCAUUGCAUGCUAGUCGAAGAUGAACUUGGGCUCAAAGUAUUUGAGAGAACCAAAAAUGAUAACAAACCUGCCAUGUCCUUCGAGGAUGAGAACUUCUUGAAGAUCAUGCAAGCAGAGUUCCACCAAGAUGAACAGAAAAACUGGGUCGCUCCUUUGCCAUUCAAGUCACCCAGACCAUUACUGCCAAAUAAUCGUGAACAUGCUUUGUCUCGUCUUAAUUCUUUGCGACGCACGCUGAGUAGAAACCCUGAGAUGAAGGAACAGUUUUCUGCCUUCAUGGAGAAGCUCUUCCAGAACCAUCAUGCGGAAAGAGGAACACCUAUUCACGAGGAUGAAGAAUGUUGGUACUUACCCAUCUUCGGAGUGUAUCAUCCGCAAAAACCGGGACAGAUUCGAGUGGUGUUUGAUUCCAGCGCACAACACCACGGUAUUUCUCUGAACAAUGUGCUCCUCUCAGGCCCUGACCUGAACAACUCCCUAUUGGGUGUGCUGUUACGGUUCAGGAAAGAUCUUGUUGCAAUUAUGGCAGACAUCCAACAGAUGUUCUAUGGUUUCCUGGUGAAAGAACACCACAGAAACUAUUUGCGAUUUCUCUGGUACAGCAACAACGAUUUGAACAAGGAAGUGGUAGAAUACCGUAUGAGGGUACAUGUGUUCGGGAACAGCCCUUCGCCAGCAGUAGCGAUAUACGGUCUGCGGUUAGCUGCACAGCAAGCUACAAACUAUGACUUUGUCCGGAGGGUUGGUCAGAAAUACUUUGUGUCCUACAAGGAGAGAGACUCUUUCUCCAGGGCCGUCGAGUUCUGCUCCCAACGAGGCUUAGAGCUGGCUUUGCCACAGAACGAGGAGGAGAACAGCGUACUGACUCAAGCGUUUGGGGACGUUUACAAAACGGCCUGGAUCAACGUCAACAAUCAAAAAGCAGAGGGGAAUUUUGAGACAGACAUGAACAACCGACCUCUGAAUGGGGAGGAGGGCAGCCAGACAAAUCCAUCCAGGAUACAGGCUGCACCAUGCUGUCAGAAAACGGUUUUUGGAGAGUGA